AUGGCUAAUAAUGAAUUCAAGCAAGAACUAUUGCGACCUAUAUCCGUCACAACAGAUGUAGUGCUUGGAGUUGCUGCUGAAAAUUUACAAAAUUGUAUACAUGGAUGUGAACAAGACAACCCACAAUUUGUUGCUGAUCAUGCUAAAAGUAAAUUACAAGAAUUUACUUUUGUUGUUUGUGGUGCACCAAAAACUGGUAAAAGUACAUUAAUCAAUGCAAUUAUCAACAAAGAUGUGGCACCAACUAAAUUAGGUACUUCUGCUGUUACAUUAGAGACAAAAUGUUAUUCACUCGAAGGUAAUUGUCCAAAUAAAACUGACGAACAAACGGGUGAUAUAGUACAAGAAGGUGGAAUAUUUCGAAUUAAUAUUUGGGAUACAAAAGGCAUUACAACAUGGGAUAGCUCAAUUAUUGAUAUUAUCGAAGAAAAACAUCCAAUGUGUAUGAUAAUAUGUGCAUCACCAGGUUCAUUUGCAAAAGAUGAUAUUCUUCACUCGUUAAUUGAUAGAUGUGUAAAUUUAAAUAUAUUUGUUGCACUUGUUUGUACUAAUCAAUAUAUUGAUUCUGAUGAAAAACGAAUAAAAAUCAUGCAAGAAUUCGAUGAUUUAUUAAAGGUUUAUAAUACAGAACGUCAUGAAGAAAAUGGAAUUAUUUAUUAUGGUAAGAUUGGAUUAAUAGCAAUGGUAAAUAGUAUUCCAUAUUCGAAUACACGAACUGGUAUUUAUAAAGCAAAAUGUGGUGUUAAUAGUAUGCUUCAUGGUAUAAUGAAAUCAUUAAAUGAAGAACAAUUAUUAGGAUGGUGUUAUACUCUGAUGGACAAUGAAGGAUUUUGGUCAGAAAUGAACACACAAAUUCGAGAUUUUUUUGCACAAAAAUUCACAUAUGGUAAAUCAAUAUUAUGGUCAAUGUCGAAAGUUAGAACAUGGCUUAAAACUUAG